AUGGUUGACGACGCGGCCCUCGCCGCUGCGGCUUCGAUUGUCGCCUCGAUUGCCCCAGAUCCCCGACUGCCCAAUUCGAUACCGGUUGGUGUAGCUUCUCAGGUGCAACUCCCAGGGCCAGAUACUCCCGCCAAGCGCAAGCUCGAACUUGAGCUUCAGAACCUUGCUCUGCGUGUUGGAAAGCUCGAGAGCCAGGCCUCAGCUACCUCUCCAUUCCCAGAAACGCCCAACGAGGUUAUUGACACUCUUUUCGGCGAAGAGGCUCAGGCUGUGGCGGUCCGUCCCAAGCCUAAAGUCUUUCACGCCCAAGGUAGCCUGCACUCUCCGCAUCUGCCAUCUUAUCAGCUGACCGAAGAAGCCCUUGAAGGACUUCGAGAACAUGUGGAUGACCAAUCCAAGUUACUCGAUAGUCAGCGCCAGGAGCUCGCUGGUGUAAAUGCUCAGCUCUUGGAGCAGAAGCAGCUACAAGAGCGAGCCCUCGAGAUCCUCGAGCAGGAACGUAUCGCUACUCUGGAGCGCGAGCUUUGGAAGCAUCAGAAAGCCAACGAGGCCUUCCAAAAGGCCCUACGAGAAAUUGGAGAGAUUGUUACCGCCGUUGCUCGCGGUGACUUGACCAUGAAGGUUCGCAUGAACACUGUUGAAAUGGACCCUGAAAUCACAACAUUCAAACGCACUAUCAACGCUAUGAUGGACCAGCUGCAAAUAUUUGCUAGCGAAGUCUCGCGAGUCGCUCGUGAAGUCGGUACCGAAGGAUUACUUGGUGGACAAGCCCGUAUCGGCGGUGUCGAUGGGACAUGGAAGGAAUUGACUGACAACGUAAACGUUAUGGCCCAGAAUCUUACUGAUCAAGUGAGGGAGAUAGCAUCGGUUACCACCGCCGUGGCCCACGGCGAUCUGACUAAAAAGAUCGAACGACCUGCCAGAGGCGAGAUAUUGCAAUUACAACAAACGAUUAACACCAUGGUGGACCAAUUACGAACAUUUGCUUCUGAAGUCACACGUGUAGCGAGAGAUGUCGGGACAGAAGGCAUGUUAGGCGGACAAGCUGAUGUUGGAGGAGUGCAGGGCAUGUGGAACGAUCUCACCGUCAAUGUCAAUGCCAUGGCCAACAAUUUGACGACUCAAGUGCGCGACAUUAUCAAGGUUACCACAGCUGUCGCCAAGGGAGAUCUUACACAAAAGGUCCAGGCCGAUUGCAGGGGAGAGAUUUUCGAGCUGAAGUCAACCAUCAACUCCAUGGUUGACCAGCUGCAACAGUUCGCCCGCGAGGUUACCAAAAUUGCCCGCGAAGUCGGAACCGAAGGACGUCUGGGAGGGCAGGCCACUGUGCAUGAUGUUGAAGGCACCUGGAGGGAUCUGACGGAGAACGUCAACGGCAUGGCCAUGAACUUGACCACUCAAGUGCGAGAAAUUGCCAAGGUUACAACAGCUGUCGCCAAAGGUGACUUGACAAAGAAGAUUGGGGUUGAGGUGAAGGGUGAAAUUGCAGAACUGAAGAACACCAUUAACCAGAUGGUGGAUCGUCUUGGUACGUUUGCCGUUGAGGUGAGCAAGGUAGCCAGGGAAGUAGGCACAGAUGGAACAUUAGGUGGACAGGCUCAAGUUGCCAAUGUUGAAGGUAAAUGGAAGGAUCUCACAGAAAACGUCAACACAAUGGCGUCAAAUCUCACAGUCCAGGUCCGAAGCAUCUCAACCGUUACUCAAGCCAUUGCGAACGGCGACAUGAGCCAGAAGAUCAAGGUCGAAGCAAAUGGAGAGAUACAAGUGUUGAAAGAGACCAUCAAUAACAUGGUUGACCGUUUGUCUAGCUUCUGUUACGAAGUGCAACGAGUUGCCAAGGAUGUGGGUGUUGAUGGAAAGAUGGGUGCUCAAGCCGACGUUGGCGGUCUAGACGGCCGCUGGAAAGAAAUCACCACGGAUGUCAACACAAUGGCCAGUAACCUGACUACACAAGUGCGCGCCUUCUCAGAUAUAACCAACUUGGCCACCGACGGGGAUUUCACCAAGCUAGUCGACGUCGAAGCGUCGGGUGAGAUGGACGAGCUCAAGCGCAAGAUCAACCAGAUGAUUUCAAAUCUGCGUGAUUCUAUUCAGCGUAAUACCCAGGCCAGGGAAGCUGCCGAACUUGCCAACAAGACCAAGUCAGAGUUCCUCGCCAACAUGUCCCAUGAAAUUCGAACGCCGAUGAACGGUAUCAUCGGAAUGACCCAACUGACAUUAGACACCGAUCUGACUCAAUAUCAGAGGGAGAUGCUUAACAUUGUCAAUAAUCUUGCCAAUAGCCUCUUGACGAUAAUUGACGAUAUCUUGGAUCUUUCCAAGAUUGAAGCUCGGAGAAUGGUCAUUGAGGAGAUUCCUUACACACUGCGUGGAACCGUCUUCAAUGCCCUCAAGACUCUCGCUGUCAAGGCAAAUGAGAAGUUCUUGGAUCUCACCUACAAGGUCGACAGCUCCGUGCCUGACUACGUUAUUGGCGACUCCUUCCGCCUUAGACAAAUUAUCCUCAACCUUGUUGGCAAUGCUAUCAAGUUCACAGAGCAUGGUGAGGUCAGCCUAACGAUCAAGGAGAGCAUGGGGCAAAACAAUGUCCGACCUGGAGAGUAUGCGGUUGAGUUUGUCGUGGAGGACACGGGCAUAGGAAUCGCCCAAGAUAAACUGGAUUUGAUCUUCGACACGUUCCAACAAGCGGAUGGCUCCAUGACGCGCAAGUUUGGUGGAACAGGUCUAGGCCUAUCUAUUUCGAAACGACUCGUCAAUCUCAUGGGUGGUGAUCUCUGGGUCAACAGUGAACAUGGCAAGGGCAGUGAAUUUCACUUCACAUGCUUAGUCAAGCUUGCUCCUGACGACGCUGCUCUGAUCGAGCAACAGAUCCGCCCCUACCGAGGCCAUCAAGUGCUGUUCGUUGACAAGGCUCAGUCGCAGAACGCCACCUCAAUCAAGCCUAUGUUAGAGAAGAUCGGAUUGAAGCCCGUCGUGGUGGAUUCGGAGAAAAGUCCGGCGCUGACUCGUCUUCAAAGCGGUGGUUCCCUUCCCUAUGACGCUAUCCUCGUCGAUUCCAUCGACACUGCGAGAAGGUUACGAGCCGUGGACGAUUUCAAGUACCUCCCUAUCGUCUUGCUGGCACCAGUUGUUCAUGUUAGUCUGAAGUCGUGCUUAGAUCUGGGAAUCACGUCGUAUAUGACCACGCCGUGCAAGCUCAUUGAUCUAGGAAACGGCAUGAUUCCGGCUCUCGAGAACCGGGCGACACCUUCACUCGCUGACAACACGAAAUCUUUCGAAAUUCUGCUCGCCGAAGACAACACCGUCAACCAAAGAUUAGCCGUGAAAAUUCUUGAGAAGUAUCACCAUGUGGUAACAGUGGUUGGCAACGGCUGGGAAGCUGUCAAAGCCGUCCAAAGCAAGAAAUUCGAUGUCAUUCUUAUGGAUGUACAAAUGCCAAUCAUGGGAGGCUUCGAAGCCACGGGCAAGAUUCGAGAAUACGAACGAGGCAUAGGGAGCCACCGCACACCCAUCAUUGCCCUAACGGCCCACGCUAUGAUGGGUGACCGAGAGAAGUGUAUCCAAGCUCAGAUGGACGAGUAUUUGUCCAAACCCUUGCAGCAAAAUCAUCUGAUCCAGACGAUCCUCAAGUGCGCGACGCUCGGCGGCCCUUUGCUUGAAAAGAAUCGUGAGCGGGAACUGGCACUCCAUGCCGAGACGAAAUCGAAGCACAAGGAGGGGGGACAGGGCCUGCUGCGACCCACGCUCGAGAGCCGCUCAUUCACGAGUCGAGAACCUCUUUUGGGAAAUGGCAAGGAGAGCCCUGCCAUUCUGGCCACUGAUGAGGAUCCCCUGGCAAGAGCACGUCUUGACCUCUCUGAUAUGCGAAGUCUUACCAACUAA